GAACCCACUGUGACGCCUUUUUCCCCGACGACGUUUGACAUGCGGCUUCCGCCUGUGUAGUCGAAGUAGGACGGACCAGGCGGAGUAAUAUCUUGGAAUGACGAGCGGUCUUUGUGCUCGCUAACGGCAUUUGAUUUAUGGAUCAAAACACAAACUUUUCCUGCAAACACUUCCACGAGAAGGAAGGGGAAACUUUGUGGUACCGUAAAUCCAUGUCUGAUGCGGACCUGACAAGCUACCACAGGUAGACAGAUGUGAAGGAUGACUUCUUGCUCAGAGAUCUGUGGGUCGGAGUACAGUGAGCAAGCUCAAGUCAGUGGGAACUACCAGCAGUAUGGAGUCCGCUCCUACCUACACCAGUUUUACGAGGAGUGCACAGCUUCUAUCUGGGAACGUGAUGAAGAUUUUCAGAUUCAGAGAUCGCCUAGCAGGUGGAGCUCUUUACUCUGGAAGGUCUGUCUCGCGUUCGGGACCCUGAUCUUGUUGUCGGGCCUCGUCAUCGUUUUGGUGGGUUAUGCCACCCCAGCCAGGAUCGAGGCAUUUGGCGAGGACGAUCUCCUUUUUGUGGACAGCCACGCCGUCAGUUUCAACCGCGCCCUGGACGUCUGCAAACUGACCGGGGCGGUGUUGUUCUGCGUGGGAGGCACGUCCAUGGCCGUGGGCCUCCUGCUGUCCGCCUUUGCCAAGAGCUACUCCAAAGAAGAAUUGUAUCUGCAGCAGAAGUUUAAGGAGAGGUUGGCAGAUCUGCACGCAACAGUUGGUACCCCCAUCAUGAGGGCGCCCACCCCUGGAGAGGGAAAGGUGCCAGUCACACUCUCUAAAGUCCAGAACAUCCAGCCAGCAAACACAAAGUCGGAAACCUGACAGGCGUCCACACGAAGGCAUCGAGUUGAAGAAGUGUGUAUGCGGAUUGACUGGAGAACAGACUGUGUGUGGGCGCGUAUACAUAACGUGUGUAUGCCGAGCUACAUGUGUAUUUCCUCCUUUUGAAAAGGUCAGCUUACAUGCUACUUAUUGGUUCGUCAUCUUUAUUUGUCCUGUAAGAUUUUGGGGGUUAAACAGCCAAAGAGUUGAUACAGAUGAACAAAGUCUAAAGCCGUUUAUUCUUGGAUCAUCAAAGUUGCUUGAAAUUCAUAGUAAUCUAACGAAUCGGGCGCAGGUCUCGAGGCCAACCCAGAAAAAACAAACCGCAGACAUAAAUCAAUGGAACUCAGCUGCUAGGCGACGUAAUCGUCGCUUUCACAGUGCAUUUCCCUGCCGAGAGGAUUCACAUUGUGUGAAAGGAUGGCGUUACCGCCGGGGGGGAUGUUAGAGCAUCAGACGCAGUGGUGUUUGAAGUUACUGCCGAUCGGGCCCCAUUCACAGGAAUGAUCAAAAGAAAGCACUGAGCACAACAACCAUUAUCUCUGCCUAGUGUCUGAAAAAACAUCAGAGGAAGAGUGCUCUUAUAGCAAGUAUACCUUGUGUGUACUGUGUGUGCAUGCGUCCACAGCUCAACUGUUCAUCGCCGCAGCGACGGCCAGCGCCUUCAAAUCACAAACCACGCCACACAAAUGUCCUUUGGCUUUUUUCGAAUUUGUCUUCAUGCAACGAGAGUGUGCAGAUGAAGAGAGUGCUCGCAGAUAAACAUGCCAGAAAGUUCAUAAUCAGAACAAACUGGGCAUCGACUCGAACAAGACCUUGAGGGGAGAUCCCGUGCUGACAUUUUCCUCUUGUCUCGUUAGGCCUCCGAUUUUGUUUUCUCCAGUAAAUCUACAGACACGAUCGAUAGACGAGACCAGGCGAACGUCAAUGGGGCGCAUUGAACCAGACAGGACAUGCAGAGCAGCAAGGUCUGCCACUUCAAUCAAACAGUUUAUGGAUAGAGACAUACAAGGAAUCCAUCAUGGCUUCUGUCUUUGGAAAAAUAUACAUGUAUAUUCUUUGUUGUUUUCCAAAAAACACUUCAUUACCUUUUGCACGUGCUUUCUUUGUUUUUCCUCGUGAGGCCGGCGACAUUAAAUAAAUUCAAGCGCUGCGUGUUAAAAAAUGGAGAUCGGUGCAAGGGUGCGUGAAGAGGGACGAGCAACGUGACAGAUGUGUUACAUAACAGGGCGGUGGAGGGAGCGCGCUCAGCUCUCGGGUGAGAUCGCAUCAGCUGCAUUGUGUUCCACAGAGCUCGCCGGUUUCAGCCUGUGAUGUGAUGAUUCGCAGACACAUGACGCCGUGCAUCGCUAAAAACAUCUGCAUAUCCACGUGCGCACCACUGUACAUGGGAAGAAGCGAUUACAUCAAUACGGUUUUCAUUUACCGACACAAGUUCAAGCUCACACACUCUAACUAACUUACAAGCACAAUAAGCUGUUAACACGUCGUGUUUCACUGAUUUUUAGAAACUUUAUGUCUGUUUGUAUCAUUGCUAUAUUGUUUAUAUAUAUAUAUAUAUAUAUAUAUAUAUAUAUAUAUAUAUAUUGUGAACAUGCCACUUUAAACUCGUAUGCUUUUUUAACUUUCCAUUAUCUUCUGAAUCAAUCGCACACAGAUGUAACAUGCUGUACCUUUAGAACAAUGUCGCAGUGGUAGUUUCUGUCCAAGUGCCAUCAAGCUACAUGGCUCCUACUGUGCAUCAAUGCUGCAGGUCCUUCCAAACUAAAACAUAUAUUCUCUUCGAAAAUCCACGCUGCGACAACGCUGGAUACUUACUGUAUAAUGUGAUGAAUUGCUGUGCUGGUUGUGUCCAUGUAACUUGACUUCUCAAUAUCAUUCUCACAGCCUCCGCUCUCGUCUUUACGGCUUUUCUUUCUUUUGAAAAAUUCUGGAGUGUCAUUUCAACACGUCAACGCUCUCGGCAAACUAAUUGGGCUCAAGUUGCUCCACCCGUGAAGAAGCGGCGCACUAGCAAUCGAGACAUUUCACAGGAACAUACUCAACCACUGUAAGGCUGCAAACCUAUACAGUAGAAGUACAGUACAAGAAACAACCAAGCUGCUGUAAAGAAACAAUCCAGUGUGGUCAGUGCUUAGUAAGUGGUUAAUAAAUGUGCUGACUAAUUGUUA